CAAACCACGUGGUCUGAGUCAAUCAGCUGACUGCCAGGGAGGAGGUGGAGGAAGAGGAAAAGAAGAAGAUGGAAGGGAAUAGAGACGAAGCAGAGAAAUGUAUAAACAUCGCUACGAAAGCCCUGGAAGCGGGAGACAAAGAAAAGGCCGUGAAGUUCCUCAACAAAGCGGAGAAGCUGUACCCGACCGGCAGAGCUAAAGCUUUGUUGGAAGCGUUAUUGAAGAAUGGGAGCUCAGCGGCUAACGGCGCGUAUCGCAGGCGGCCCAGAGAACCGUCAGAACCGGCCGGGUACCAGCCAGCAGCAGAGGGCCAGGAAUCUGCAGGCAGCGACUCCAAAAGCUUCACAGACGAGCAGGUGCAAGGUGUUCAAAGAAUAAAGCGGAGUAAGGAUUACUACGAAGUCCUCGGUGUGAACAAAGAAGCUGGAGACGAUGAGCUCAAAAAAGCUUACAGGAAGCUCGCCCUCAAGUUCCAUCCAGACAAAAACCACGCGCCCGGAGCAACAGAGGCCUUUAAAAAGAUCGGCAACGCUUACUCCGUCCUGAGCAACCCAGCGAAGCGGCGGCAGUACGACCUGACGGGCGGCGAGGAGCCGACCAGCCCCAGCCAAUCCAACGGCGGAGGCUUCGACUUCCACAGGGGCUUCGAAGCCGACAUCACGCCUGAAGACCUCUUCAACAUGUUCUUCGGGGGCGGCUUCCCCUCCUCUAGCGCCCACACCUUCACCAACGGCAGGACGAGCUACAGCCAUCACACGGAUCACAGGCAGGAGAGGACCGAGGAGCGAGGAGACGGCGGCUUUUCAAUGUUCAUCCAGCUGAUGCCCAUCGUGGUCCUGAUCUUAGUGUCAAUUCUGAGCCAGAUGAUGGUGUCCCCCCCACCUUACAGCCUCUACUCCAGACCGUCCACGGGUCAGACUGUGAAGAGACAGACGGAGAACCUGCGCGUCGACUACUACGUCACCCGAGAUUUCAAAUCGGAGUUUAAGGGCUCGGCUCUGCAACAAAUAGAGAAAAAUGUAGAAGAGGACUAUGUAACUAAUGUUAGGAAUAACUGCUGGAAGGAGAGGCAGACAAAAACAGACCUGCUUUACGCCGCGAAGGUUUACAGAGACGACCGCAUGCGGAAGAAGGCCGAGCUCAUGACCAUGGAUAACUGCAAGGAGCUGGACAGACUAAAUAACCUAUUCCGAGGCGGAUGAGUGUGGAGGCUUGUAGAAAAUGUGAAUAGAUGUCUAUGUUCAUUUUAUUUUAUUUUAUUUUAACGAGAGGCUUUACACUAGGAGCAAAAGAUUCUUAAAUUAUUUAAGGCCUGGUUAAGGUUAAAAAACCGUCACACACCUCGUAUCCCGUCCUGUGAAUGGCUCUUCCUCCUCAUUCCAGCCUGAUCCCAGGAAUCGCCGUGUUGCAUCGAAAUGAACCAGUCGGCACUGUUCAAUAUCCCAGACUCAUUUUUAUUUUUACUUGUUUUGCUGGUGACCCGAAGGACAAGGACACCUGAUUGUAGGGAUUUAGUUUUCUGCAUCGUCUGCUCAUCAUGAAUGUGCAAACAAAAACGACGGCGGGUUCAUCAGAUGUUCUUCAGUGAGAUCCACAUCGUGGAGGAGCAAGAGAAGCAAACUGGGUUUUUGCUUAUUUCCCUAGCGGUGUGUCUGUGUGUGUGUGGAGAAAAUGUGGUUUUCUUCUGCAAAACGUAAAUCAGGUUGAAACUGAAAAUCGGCGCACAUCGACACGUUCAUCCAUGAAUGGUUGUACACUUUCAUUUUUUAAUGUUUAAAAAUUUUGGCACUUAUUUAAAGUAACUCUAGAGGAAACAAGCUUUCUACUCAGUGCUGGCCUGAUAAUUUAAAUAAAGCCAAACUGGUACUGUAGA